AUGAACUCACAGCUUGGUACUGUCAAGUCUGAGGAACCCUCCCGUCAGCUACAGCAGGAUUCCUCAGAGAAGCCGGCGAGCAUUAAUUCUUCGACUGCUCCCCGGUUAGACUCGUUCAAUACGUUCAAUUUGGGGAAUGGUUUCAUCUGCCCUCCGGUUAACUUGGAUGUAGCUGAUCGAAACCACCCUCUGGACAAAGUUCAGUCAGAAACAAAACCAGCUACCACUGAUCAUAAUUUGCCACCUGCCAAGUUGAAGUCAUCCAAAAUAUCACUGGCCAGCAUUAUCAACCCUCCUGAUCCUGAAAUCACUGCGUUCUCCAGUGGGUUACUUAUAGCUCCCCGUCCUCCAAGUACUGCAUUAUCCAUCCACGAAUUAACGAGCAAUCCAGAGCCAGUCAAGCAUGCAAGAAUAUGGGAGUCAACGCAAUCUAGCCCCAAACCGAUAGCUCAGAAACGAAAGUCACCUGAAAAGGAGGAUCUUGUUUCUACAAAAGCACCGUCGACUCCAACUGGCCCUGAACCAAAAAAGAGAAAACAAAAGACGACUACAAGUAAAGACACAGCAGUAACAGCAGGAUCAGCAGAAACGGCGACUAAACCGGUUCCUCCUAUUCUUUCGAAAACGCCUAGCGUAAAGUCUACCACCAAGAAUGCCACGAAACAGCCUACGAAACAACCUACAAGACCAAAAAAGAAAAGUCAAAAUACAACGCCAAAAUUAAUAUCUGCUACAACGGGAGGUACGAACACGGCGGCAAUAGGACCAAAGUUGCAAGGUUCUACUUCUGUGGACGAAAAGAAAACGAAUUCCACUGCUACCAGUACUACACAGCAGAAAUCACUGGUAGAGCUACCCGUUCCAUCACUUUUGGACACUGAAUCAAUCAAAGGAAAGAAUAUACCAGCUGAGGAACCUGUGGUUGCUUUGAAUAUUCUUUUAUCCGAUUCCGACAAACCCAAUCCUGGAUCGGCUCAACUGGUGUUCAACCUCAUGAAAGUUUGCGAAGAAAAGUAUGGAUUUAAGGCUAUGCAUCCAAAUGCCAAAUUCGUGGUCGAAUCUGACGAGGAUGACGAUGAUAUAGCGGAGGACGAUGAACAGACAGAAACCGACACCAAAGAAGUAGCUACUCCUCCUCCUGCGAUUCCCAAAACACCAGUUGCGGCUCCCAUUAGAGAAGACUAUAAUGAUGCUGAGCGACGACUUCGAAACCAAAAUAGAAAAAUUGGUAAGUACGACAUAAUGGAUCCGUUCAUUGACGAUUCAGAACUGCAAUUUGAGGAGGAGAGAGCUGCUACAAAGGACGGAUUUUUUGUCUAUUAUGGACCCUUGAUUGAAGAAGGUCAAAUGGCAAGAAUAGAACGGGCAGACGGCACACUCAAAAAAGGAACUCAAGGGACCAGCUCUCGUGGAAAAAAAGUGUCCAAGAAGGCAACUACUAGUACCUCAACGGGCAAUAUCACUCAAAAAAAGACAGUUACUCAGUCUACAGCGCCUCAAGCAGUAGCGCCUCAAGCAAUAGCUCCUAAAGAGGAUAAACAACUGCUGGGCAGUGUUUUGGCAAAAGAUUAA